UUUUCGUAUAUUUUAAAUGGUAAGAUACGCCCACUGGCAUUAAACCGUGGCUUGACAUUGAGUACACCUGUGCGGCGCAAUCAUGAAGGUGCGUCAGGUUUUAGUGGCGUGAUUAAAAAGCCUGUGGAAGUGGGGCACUGUCAUUCUUCUCUGUGCUGUGUAGUAACAGGCUGCUCAUUUUGAUUUGCGUUGCCCUCUCUGGUGAGUUGUUUUUUUGGAUUGCCCUUUUCUCAGUCACAGAUUAUAGUCUAAAUAUGUUUUUCAUCAGGAGUGUGUGUGUGAAGUGGCGAGCGCAGGUAGCAUCAAGUUCACUAUAGCUUAAGAAAUUCCUACGAGGUGCGGCCCAAGAGCGCUAGCUGCUGUUUUGUUUCGUUUUGUUAUAUUUACUUGUGUCACUGUUUUAUUGUACUGUUCGCACGACUGACGGCAGGGACGUCGCGGUUUUGAACCGCUGUAUCCAUUGAGCUCUUUAACGAGCCUUGCUCGUUAUGAAUUAUUGAGAUAUUAGACAGGCGUGUUCCAUGGGCUGUUAUAUCAAACUAACACGCUGGUAGCUGGGUCAGUUUAAAGUAGCUUCAACGGUCUUAAAAUAGUAGUAAAUGUCGUUUUAGUUGUUUGUGUGUAUACUACUUUUGUUUUCUUUUCUUCGUAAUUACCCAUUUAUUUGCCAGUGUAUAUCCACAUUGAUUAUUUGAACUGUGAUAUUGAAGCUUAACAGAAGUGGGAGGGUAUUUGUUUUCUUUUGGUAUUGUUUCCUUAUUUUAUUUGUUUUGGUGAUCACUUGUCUUAACCUUUGUUCACUGAUUUGCUGUGUGGUUUGUCCCUCUCUGUUAAAGUGGGUUUAUUAUGGUCUCUUAUUAAUUGUGGGUAUCUAAUUGGUAAUUUGUAUGAGAUCUAUUUUUAGGAUGUUUUAAAUGAAUGAUUUUCCUUGUGCGGAAUAAAUUUUUGUAUACUUUUUGGAAAGUCACGUCUCUGUCUUUGAUGCAAAUCGAACCAGCAAGGGUCCUUUUGUUGUAAUUCUUUUUGGUUAAAUUCUCUUGUUGUGGUAUUUUUAUUUAUUUUUUUUAUUAUUUACUUUCCUAGGUGGAGCAGUAACCUAGGUGGCGUAGUCGGGUUUUUUUAUAUUUAGCCAAGGGUUACAAUUUUGGCGUAGUCGGCAGGAUUUUUCAUUUUGUAUGUGAAGCAGAGACGUGACUAUUACUUUGUUUGUGAUAUCAAUUUGUUUUUUUUUUUGUUUGCUUUUUUUCUCAAACAGCAGCUAGCGCUUUAGAAUAUUGUUUUGUAUGUCCCUUGGAUUGUCACUAUGGAGGAUGAGGUGCAGCAAUUGCGAGACCUGGUAGCCCAACUUAAGGCUGAUAAUGAACACCUGCGGCAAGAACGUUUGGAGGUUCAGGCAAGUCCGAGUGCUGCGUCCUCUGAGUUUAAUCAUAGGGGGGCGGGGUUGGACAUGGAUCCGAGAUCUUCCUCCAACGGUAAUUCAGUAGUGACGGAAAGGUUGAUUUAUGUUCCUAGGGAGAGGAAAUGUCCUGUUUUUAGGGGCCGUACCGGAAUUUCUUUAGCUGAUUGGCUAGAGGAAGUAAAGGCCAGUAUGCGUGUUCGCCACUUAUCUAUUUUUGAUAAAGCACACUUUCUGUAUGACCAUUUAGAGGGGGAAGCUAGGGAAGAAAUAAAAUUUAGGCCUAGCGAAGACCGGGACAACCCAGAUAAAGUUAUUAAAAUACUUACUGAGCUGUAUGGCUGCCCGGAUUCAUAUAUUGUUUUGCAGGAGAAUUUCUUCUCUCGACGACAACUAGAGGGGGAGACGCUCCAGGAAUUUUCACAUGCCCUUCUUGGCUUAAUGUCAAAAGUAAUUAAAAAUGCUCCAAAUGGUAUGCCCAAUUCUGAUGUUCUGUUGCGUGACCAAUUUGUAGAGUAUGUGCUGGAUUCUGCCCUUCGCAGGGAAUUAAAACAGUUUGUACGCCAACACUCUAGGGCUACUUUGCUUGAUGUUAGAGGGGAAGCCAUUAGAUGGGAACGGGAGGGUAUGUUGAGAGGUACCGGGGGUCGUAGUUUGUCAACUUCUACUUAUGGGCUGCAGUAUGGGGUUUAUGGGUCUGCGCCAGCUUCUACAAACUCCGAAUUAUUAGAGCUAAAGGAGAUGCUCAAAAAGCAGCAAGAACAGCUUGAUCAGUUAACCCGUAGUGUGACUUCGCUUCAACAGGCCCCAAGAAGUCUCCCUUUUACUGCGAGUCCUUUUAACAGGGGUUCAGUUAUUUGUAGGAAGUGCCAACAGCCUGGCCAUUUUGCCCGUGAUUGUAGUUCUCAAAGUUUGUCAUCGAGAGUUAAUCCUUCUCCUUCACGUCACCCUCAGCCAGUAGUGACAAGGCCCCAGUCCUCUGUUACCUUUCAGGAAAACUAGUACCUUCUGUGCUCCCGAGCCACAGUGCAGAAGGCUAUGUGUUUGGCUCAGAUGCUGUUUUUCCUGAUGUAGAGAAUAUGGCCCCUUUAUUAUCACCAUGCCCCCACGUGACUGUUAGUGUGGGUGGGGUGUUAGUUCCCUGUUUGUUAGACACCGGCUCAAUGGUGUCGACGGUGACUGAAAGUUUUUAUUUGCAGAACUUCGAGCCAUGGGGUUUGGAAAAACUUCACUCCUGUCAUUGGUUGCAGCUUAAGGCUGCCAAUGGCCUAGAUAUCCCAUAUAUAGGCUAUUUAGAGCUGGACGUUGAAGUCUUUGGUAAAGUGAUUCCUAAACGUGGCGUGCUCAUAGUUAAAGAUUCUCUAGGUACUCCUUCUCAGGUCGCUGGUGUUUUGGGCAUGAAUGUUAUUCGAGAAUGCUAUCAUGACUUGUUUGGACAGUAUGGACAGACUCUCUUUGAGACCGCUUUAGUGCAGCAGGCCCCUAAUUCUUGGCAACAAGCCUUACAGAAGUGCCAUCAAGCCCAAGUUAAUGCCCCUUUAGAUUCUUCAGCCCGUGUUCGGGUUCGAGGGGGCAGGUGUAUCUGUGUACCAGGUGGCACCAUGAAGUUUAUUCCUGCUACUUGUUCUCAGCAAUAUACUGGGUUGACUGUAGUAUUUGAGCCUUCGAGGGGUGGGCUAGCAGCUGGUCUUUUGACCUCCCCUGCCAUUGUCAAGGUAGUCUGUGGCCAGGUUUAUGUUCCAGUCAUUAAUGUGGGAGUAGUGGAUGUUAACCUUUAUGCACGGACUGUUCUUGGUGCUAUUAGUCCAGUAACUGUGGUGAGUUUACCCCCUGGUGUAGAGGAUGUCCCCUUGAGUGUGCAGGCCACUGUUUCU